CGACACUGCCAACUUCUCUCCUCACUCUCUAAUUACCAGUAGCGCCGUUUCCGUACAUUUCCCCUAAAAUCUCCAUAGACAAAAUGCAAGAAGUGAAGGCUGAGAUUGCAACCAAAAAUUCAAAGAAGGCAAAUCUAUUAGAUCACAAUUCCCUCAAACACAUCCUCGACGAAUCCGUCUCUGAGAUCGUUACGAGUCGUGGGUAUGCGGAAGACGUGAGGAUGAGCAAUGUCAGAUUAUUCAUUGGAACGAUUAUCAUUGUAAUCGCUCUAUUUGCUCAGUUUUACAAAAAGAAGUUCCCUGGAAACCGUGAUUUCCUCAUUGGUUGCAUUGUAUUGUAUAUAGUUUUCAAUGUAAUACUCCAGCUGUUCAGCUACAGAAAGGAAAAGAACGCAAUUAUGUUUACUUACCCUCCUCCUGGAUCCGUCACCAGCACCGGAUUGGUGGUCUCUUCAAAGUUGCCAAGAUUCUCUGAUCUUUAUACGCUUAGCAUAGUGAGUGCAGAUCCCAAAUCAAUAUCUGCAGGCAGACCGGUAGAGUUUACCAAAAGUGUUACCCAGUGGUUCACGAAGGAUGGAGUAUUGGUGGAGGGCCUAUUCUGGAAAGAUGUUGGAGCACUAAUUGAUGAUUAUGCAGCAGUACCUAAGAAAAAGAAGUGAUGUAAGAAGUAAGGUUUACUUUGAUAGGCUACUUGUUAAAACUGUGAAGCCCUGGUGUGGCUUUCCGAUAUAAAACAUGUUAAUUGAUGAUUAUGGGACCUAGAUUCUGAAUCCAUUUCGCCCAGCUUACAACA